CCCAGUUCCUCUCCUUAACCACCGGACAAACGUCUCUGGAGUCUCUCCAAUGAGGAAGAAAGCAAGUCGGGGGUAGGGGAGGGGCCUCACACCAGGUGGUGGGUGCAGUCCUUCCUCGAGCUCCUUCACCCUCCAGUAAUCCCGUGGGUCCCCGGGCGCCAGCGCGGGAACCGGGAAAAGGAAGCUGCGUUGUGUACGUAAGAUCCAGGAAACGAAACCAGGAGCCGCGGGUGUUGGCGCAAAGGUUACUCCCAGACCCUUUUCCGGCUGACUUCUGAGAAGGUUGCGCAGCAGCCGUGCCCGGCAGUCUAGAGGCGCAGAAGAAGAAGCCAUCGCCGGGCCCCGGCUGUCUGGACCUCGUCUCGCUCGGGAGCCGAAACAGCGGCAGCCAGAGAACUGUUUUAAUCAUGGACAAACAAAACCCACAGAUGAAUGCUUCUCACCCGGAAACAAACUUGCCAGUUGGGUAUCCUCCUCAGUAUCCACCCACAGCAUUCCAAGGACCUCCAGGAUAUAAUGGCUACCCUGGGCCCCAGGUCGGCUACCCACCCCCACCAGCCGGCCAUUCAGGUCCUGGCCCAGCUGGCUUUCCUGUCCCAAAUCAGCCAGUGUAUAAUCAGCCAGUAUAUAAUCAGCCAGGUGGAGCUGCAGGGGUACCAUGGAUGCCAGCACCACCGCCUCCAUUAAACUGUCCACCUGGAUUAGAAUAUUUAAGUCAGAUAGAUCAGAUACUGAUUCAUCAGCAAAUUGAACUUCUGGAAGUUUUAACAGGUUUUGAAACUAAUAACAAAUAUGAAAUUAAGAACAGCUUUGGACAGAGGGUUUACUUUGCAGUGGAAGAUACUGAUUGCUGUACCCGAAAUUGCUGUGGGCCAUCUAGACCUUUUACCUUGAGGAUUAUUGAUAAUAUGGGUCAAGAAGUCAUAACUCUGGAGAGACCGCUAAGAUGUAGCAGCUGUUGUUGUCCCUGCUGCCUUCAGGAGAUAGAAAUCCAGUCUCCUCCUGGUGUACCAAUAGGUUAUGUUAUUCAGACCUGGCACCCAUGUCUACCAAAGUUUACAAUUCAAAAUGAGAAAAGAGACGAUGUACUAAAAAUAAGUGGUCCAUGUGUUGUGUGCAGCUGUUGUGGAGAUGUUGAUUUUGAGAUUAAAUCUCUUGAUGAACAGUGUGUGGUUGGCAAAAUUUCCAAGCACUGGACUGGAAUUUUGAGAGAGGCAUUUACAGACGCUGAUAACUUUGGAAUCCAGUUCCCUUUAGACCUUGAUGUUAAAAUGAAAGCUGUAAUGCUUGGUGCCUGUUUCCUCAUUGACUUCAUGUUCUUUGAAAGCACUGGCAGCCAGGAACAAAGAUCAGGAGUGUGGUAGUGGAUUAGUGAAAGUCUCCUCAGGAAAUCUGAAGUCUGUAUAUUGAUUGAGACUAUCUAAACUCAUACCUGUAUGAAUUAAGCUGUAAUGCCUGUAGCUCUGGUUGUAUACUUUUGCUUUUCAAAUUAUAGUUUAUCUUCUGUAUAACUGAUUUAUAAAGGUUUUUGUACAUUUUUUAAUACUCACUGUGAAUUUGAGAAAAAAGGACAUACGAGUUUUUGCAUUUAUUAAUGAAACUUCCUAUGAAAAACUGCUUUGAAUUCUGAUCUCUGAUUCAUUGUCCAUUUUACUACCAAAUAUUAACUAAGGCCUUAUUAAUUUUUAUAUAAAUUAUAUUUUGUCCUAUUAAAUCUAGUUACAGUUUAUUUCUUGCAUAAGAGCUAAUGUUAUUUUGCAAAUGCCAUAUAUUCAAAAAAGUUCAAAGAUAAUUUUCUUUACUAUUAUGUUCAAAUAAUAUUCAAUAUGCAUAUUAUCUUUAAAAAGUUAAAUUUUUUUUAAUCUUCAAGAAAUCAUGCUACACUUAACUUCUCCUAGAAGCUAAUCUAUACCAUAAUAUUUUCAUAUUCACAAGAUAUUAAAUUACCAAUUUUUAAAUUAUUGUUAGUAAAGAACAAAAUGAUUCUCUCCCAAAGAAAGACACAUUUUAAAUACUCCCUCACUCUAAAACUCUGGUGUUAUUAUAACUUUUGAAAGUUAAUAUUUCUACAUGAAAUGUUUAGCUCUUAUACUCUAUCCCUCCUAGAAAAUGGUAAUUGAGAUUACUCAGAUGUUAAUUAAAUAUAAUAUUAUAUAUAUAUUCACAGAUUAUAAACCUAAAUAAUAAUCUAUUAGAUUCAAAUAUUUGAAAUAAAAGCUUGAUUUUUUUGUA